GAGCAUCUGGCCGGUGCCAUGUGGAAGAAGGCUAUUUUGUUGAUCCUGCUAAUGCUCCACCCUUGUGGCAGUGGGCUGCUUCAGUUCAUGCUCAGAAAUAUCUUUGGUUCUGUGCCUAAAGAGGGAGACGCAAGGCAGCCACUAGUUCCUACUCCCUACAUUGAAGCUGGGAAUGUCACAGAAGGGAGAUGACUGAGCACCGUGGCUCCUUUCCAAGGACUGAACUUGGUGAGCUACUGCGGCUUCCUCACUGUGAACAAGACCUACAACCGCAACCUCUUCUUCUGGCUCUUCCCAGCUGUGAUACAGUCGUCAACUGCUCCAGUGGUCCUCUGGCUGCAGGGCGGGCUAGGAGUUUCAUCCUUGAUGGGACUCUUUGUGGAACAUGGGCCUUACGUUGUCACAGAAAACCUGACUGUGGCCAUCCGAGACUUCGCUUGGACCUCCACCCUGUCCAUGCUGUACAUUGACAACCCAGUGGGCACAGGUUUCAGUUUUACCGAUGAUCCCCAGGGGUAUGCCACCAACCAGGAAGAUGUGGCUCAAGAUUUAUUCAGCGCACUGAUUCAGUUCUUCCAGUUGUUCCCCGAAUUUCAAGAGAAUGACUUUUAUGUCACGGGGCAGUCUUAUGCAGGCAAAUUCGUGACGGCCAUUGCACACUAUAUCCACACCCUCAACCCCAGGCUAUUGCUGCAGAUCAACCUGAAAGAAAUCGCCAUUGGAAAUGGGUUUUGCGACCCUGAAAUGUUUGUGCGGGACUAUGGGACAUUCCUGUACCAAGUGGGCUUGUUGAAAAGCAGAGAAAAGUAUUUCCAGGAGCAGAUUGACAAGGGUUUGGCGCACGUCAAGGAGGGAGAGUGGCUCCAAGCCUUUGAAGUAUUGGAAAGACUAAUGGAUGAUGACCAUAGUUACUUGGUGAAUGUCACAGGGUGUCCUGAUCUGUCUAACAUUGUUUACUGCAUGGAACCUGAGGCAUAUAGUUACUUUAAGAAAUUUUUGGCCCUCUCAGAAGUGAGGCGAGCCAUCCAUGUGGGAGAUCAGACUUUUCAUGAUGAUGGAUCCGAAGCUAUGAAGUACUUGGGGGAAGACAUGUUGCGUUCAGUUCUCCCACAGUUAGCUGAACUCAUGAAUAAUUAUAAGAUUCUCAUGUACGGUGGCCAAAUGGACAACCUCAUGCCAGUAUCCCUGAUUGAGAACUAUUUGAUCACCAUAAAUUGGAAAGGAUCCCAGGAAUACAGGGAAGCAGAAUGAAAGAUUUGGAAGAUCUUUAAGUCUGAUCAGGAAGUGGCCGGUUAUGUGCAGCAAGUGGGUAACUUCCAUCAGGUCAUUGUUCGGGGUGCAGGACACAUUUUACCUUUUGACCAGCCUCUGAGAGCUUUUGAAAUGAUUGAUAGAUUCAUUUAUGAAAAAGGAUGGGAUCCUUAUUGAUGGAUGAGCUAUUUUCUUCAAAGAGAAUAUCAGGGGUGUGAAUUUUUGAAAAGAAAAUUUUCAAAAUGGAAAAUGUCAUAUAAAUAAGAAAACCAUCUUUUUUCUCUCUGCAAAAUGUUGCUCAUCAAUAAAAGUCACCCUUGAAAUGAUAAGUGUGAUCCCGUUUGGAGAGAGAGGUGGUUCAUCAUGAAAAUAACUUCAAGAAAAUGUGGCACAUGAGUGAGACUUACAUUUUUAACUUAAAAGAUGAAAAGAAUG